AUGCCAGACUCAUGGGCAGCUACGGCCCCAGUCCUGGAUCCACGGCCCCGGUCAGAGAUCCACGGCCCCGGUCCCGGAUCCACGGCCCCGGUCCCGGAUCCACGGCCCCGGUCCCGGGUCCACGGCCCCGGUCCCGGGUCCACGGCCCCGGCCCCGGGUCCACGGCCCCGGCCCCGGGUCCACGGCCCCGGUCCCGGGUCCACGGCCCCGGUCCCGGGUCCACGGCCCCGGCCCCGGGUCCACGGCCCCGGUCCCGGGUCCACGGCCCCGGCCCCGGGUCCACGGCCCCUGUCCCGGGUCCACGGCCCCUGUCCCGGGUCCACGGCCCCUGUCCCGGGUCCACGGCCCCUGUCCAGGGUCCACGGCCCCUGUCCAGGGUCCACGGCCCCUGUCCAGGGUCCACGGCCUCUGUCCAGGGUCCACGGCCUCUGUCCAGGGUCCACGGCCUCUGUCCAGGGUCCACGGCCUCUGUCCAGGGUCCACGGCCUCUGUCCAGGGUCCACGGCCUCUGUCCAGGGUCCACGGCCUCUGUCCAGGGUCCACGGCCUCUGUCCAGGGUCCACGGCCUCUGUCCAGGGUCCACGGCCUCUGUCCAGGGUCCACGGCCUCUGUCCAGGGUCCACGGCCUCUGUCCAGGGUCCACGGCCUCUGUCCCGGAUCCACGGCCUCUGUCCCGGAUCCACGGCCUCGGUCCAGGAUCCACGGCCUCUGUCCAGGAUCCACGGCCUCUGUCCAGGAUCCACGGCCUCUGUCCAGGAUCCACGGCCUCAGACCCGGAUAUUUAUCAACAUGGUCAUCUCGCUCCUCAUGGACCAAUGA